AUGGCCUCCAUGGACAACCGCUCAGUAUGCCGAUUUUUCAACACCCCCAGUGGUUGUCGUCGAGGCGAUAGCUGCGGGUUUCGCCACACCACCGGACCUCCCUCCCCUAGUCGCGGUAAUCCAGGUCGAGGAAGGGGUGGCUUCACGCCCCGUCCUUCCAGGGCCCCGCGAGGAAUAUGUGACUUUUACUUCGAUCGGGGUUUCUGCACACGCGGCUCCGACUGCAAUUUCUUGCACGAACGCCCUUCCGACGCAGUUGCCCGCGCCACUCCCAAUGGAUCAUCAGCCCUCGAAGACGUUGCGGCUCUGCUGAAGCCCGCAGCACUCGCCAGAAUACAAGGUGCAGGAACCGAUGGCUUCUUCGGCACACCGAUUGGACAGAUGAAGCCGUCCGACGUGGAAUAUCAUAUCAGGAGGUUUUUGGACGACAGUUAUCGCUUUCGCUUUGCCGCCGAUGUUUACGGUUUCCUGGCGCUCGUCAGCAACGCGAGUUCUGGGAACGAGCAUUGGUCUCCUGAAGAUGGUCAGGACAACGGGCUCUUACGCAUCGGGGACAUCCUAUCCUGGAGCGACGUUUCUGUCUGUCCAACAUCCAGGACCUGCUUGUCGUUUGGAAGGGGCUACAUUCCUCUUCUCAAAUACCUUUCUUCUGACUGGGUUGUGAAGAGCAUCACAAGUCGCAUCGUCAACGCGCUAUACUCUGUCAUCAUGGAACAUUUCGAUCAACUCUCGGAGACGAUCACCUCGUGCAUGAAAGACGCGUUGGAGGUCCGCAAGUCUUUCAAGGAACCUCACCAGACACAGUUGAUGGGAAGCGCAAUACUGUCCUCAAUCGUGCAAGUGCUCUUUGAAUACGUCACACGCUUCAAAAAUGCUACAGCAACGCAUCCUUCUCUCUACGACCUCGUCAUCAACAUCCAACAGUGGACGACUGCCUGGAUCGAAGGGAUCACCGCAGAACCGCCCACGUUCGACGAUUCCAUCGCCGGCGCACCUCCUCAAGCUCGUCACUUCGUUGUCGAGAGGCUGUGCGGUCUGGUGGAUCGUCUCACCACGAUUGUAGAGAGGAAGCAUCGAGACAACACCCGCGUCAAGGAGCAAAAACGCAAUCCAUUGGCCUACUCUAGUGAUGAAGGCAUUCUCGCUGCUCUACACAACGCCUACGAAGGUCCCGGAACAGCACGCCCUGAAGGCCCACGUCAUGACAACGACUUCAUUGAGAUUGGGUCUAUCCAGAUUGCUCCCACUCACGACGAACUCACGUCUCGUCUACACCCCUUUCUCCCCGCGAACAUCUAUGGCGCUCCUCAUCCAUUAGAUCCUGAGAGCAUGGAACAACUGUUAGACAUUCAAUUCCGACUGCUGCGGGAAGAGCUUACUGCGUCUCUACGAGCUUCGGCUCAAGCGAUCCUUUCGGACCUCGACCUUCAAGCACAAGGCAAGCGCGCUCAGCUCGACGAGCUGCAGAAGAAGGGAGGAGGCAAGUAUCGCGGCCAUGCGGUCGGCCAAGACACAAUCAUGUUCAACGUGUACACCAAUGUCGACUUCCACACGAUCGCCCCCAGCUACCGCGGGCUGGUGGUUGGGAUUGGCAUGGACACCCCUCCCGGUCGGGCUCGCAACGCCCAGGCCGCGACACGCGCCCGCUUUUGGGAAAGCAUGAGUAGCAAGCGCCUCAUGCAGGGUGGUCUGGUCGCACUCGUAUGGCAGCAACCAGGCAGGCAAACCGAAGUACACCUCGGCACCGUGGCAAGCUCCCUUAAGGACCUCAAGGAAUCGGCAAGCCACAGCGCCGACAGGGUCAACAUCCGCGUCUCGUUCUUCUCUCCCGAGGUUGAACUACGCAUCCUUCAGGACCUCCGCUUGCAGGCCGACAAGCAGUCCACCAAGUUGCUCAUCGAGGCGACAGUCAUGUUCGAGUCCGUCCGCCCAUUCCUGGAGGCUCUGCGCGCCGAGCCCGAAACCAUCCCGUUCAGCAAGUACCUUGUCCACCACCCACCCGAGUUCUAUCAAAAUGUGCAAGUCAGCCCGCCUGCAUACACUUCAGUUCCAGAACAUUGUUUCCAGCUCUCGUCAUUGUUCGACCCAGCGACCGGCAUCGACGAUCUACGGUUGGUAGCCAGCAGCCCUGAGUCUAUCGAGAAUGCGCGCGAGACCCUGCGCAACAGCAGCGUUCUUGACCCGAGUCAAGCGGAUGCAAUGAUCGACUCGUUGACGAGGGAAAUAAGCCUCAUUCAAGGUCCUCCGGGAACCGGGAAGAGCUUUACAGGUGUCAAGCUUCUACGAGUGCUCAUCGCCAACAAAGCCGGGCCCAUCCUUCUGAUUGCGUUCACCAACCACGCUCUAGACCACAUGCUGAGCUCCGUACUCAACGAAGAUAUCACCAACAACAUCGUCCGUCUCGGCUCGCGCUCCUCCGACGAGCGCAUCUCCAAGUUCUCCCUCGAGGAGGUCGAGCGUGUUGCGGGACGCUCUCGUUUCUCCGGCAGCGUGGCUCGCUAUCGUCACGAGCUCCGUAACGUCGAGGAAGAGAUCAAGAAGUUCAUGGACGAAUUCUUCAAGCGCGAAGUGGACCCUCAAACCAUCCUCAACCAUAUCCGCUUUCAGGCCCCUAUCCUCCACGAGUCUAUCGAAAGCCCCACAGGGUGGACCGAGGUCGUCUACAAGCUUUUCUCGGAGAGUGAGGCUGGCUGGCGAGUUACGGGGGCGGGCGGUAAAGAUGGUGGAGAGGUGGACCGUUCGGUGUACGGCUUUUGGCUCCAGGGCGGGGACAUCACCUUCCUCAACGACGCUCACUACACUCUUCGCCAUCGUCAACCUGCACAGCAGUCGAAAGCCGGUGCCCAAGCACCCUCCAAUCGCUUCGACGUCCUUCAGGACGAGUCCGUGCCUGACGCCGACGAUGAGGUGGAGGCCGAAGACAUCCCUCCCUCCCCCAACGACUCCAACGCGGCAGCCGCAGAGGCUGCACCAGAAGAGGAGUGGCUCUUCGAGAUGUUCGACGACACCCCCGAAACCGCGCCGGAUGUAGCAGAGCAGCCUUUCCAACCACCAAACGAAGCCGAGCCACCCCAGCCCCACCCAUUCUUCGUCGCGUACGGCUGCCCCGACGUCCCUCCCGUCCCCACCACGACUCGACAGAUCGAGGUUCUUCGUGAUCAAGAGGACGCUUGGUCUUUGUCGGCUGACGAGCGUCUGCGCCUGCACGAGGCGUGGUCCAACGAAGUCCGUCUCAGCGCCCGGGAGAUGCAGACGGCGGAGUUCCGGCGGCUCAGGGAGAAGCAUGCUGCCGCCGCACAAGCGUACUCGGAGGGGCAAGCUGAGGUCCGCAAGCAGCUCCUGCGGAAUGUCGACAUCAUCGGCUGCACAACCACGGGUGCGUGCCGCGACUUCAAUUCACAAUGCCAAAUUGAUUUCUCACUCAUCGGAAUCGGCCCGAAGAUCGUCCUGGUGGAAGAGGCAGGCCAAGUGCUGGAAGCGCACGUUCUGGGCAGCCUGGUACCAAGCAUUCAGCACCUGAUCCUCAUCGGCGAUCCGCUCCAGUUGCGGCCGACUCUGAACAACUACUCGCUGUCUAUGGACCAUUCGCACGGCAAGCUGGUCUACAAGUUCGACAUGUCUUUGAUGGAGCGACUCUCUUCGUCGGGCCUGCAUAUGUCACAGAUCAACGUGCAGCGACGCAUGCGCCCUGAGAUCUCGGAUUUGGUUAGGAUGACUCUUUACCCCCGAUUGCAAGACCAUGAGGUCGUCAAGAACUACCCCAACGUCCAAGGCAUGACGAAGAACGUAUUCUUCAUGACGCAUAAUCACAAGGAGAACGGCGGGGAAGAUGACUCCGUGAGCAAGUAUAACCAGUACGAGGUACGUAAGCUCUGCUGCUCUGAUAGGCCCUAUUCGGAGGAAGGAGACAUCGUUGUACUGUGCGCUUACCUAGGGCAGCUAUCUCGCCUGAGGGAAGCUUUGUCAAACGAAGUUGCCGUCGUGCUGGACGAGCGCGACAAGGCUGAUCUCGACGACCGGGAGGCCGAGACUGAAGAUGCAGGCACGUCGUUUGAACUCGUCAAGGUUUCGCGGAGGGUCCUCUUACGCACGAUCGACAAUUUCCAGGGCGAGGAGGCCAAGAUAAUCAUCCUAUCCCUCGUGCGCAAUGCAGGUGGCUCAGAGGAGGACAAAACCGCUCGCGGCCGAGUCAAUAUUGGAUUCCUACGGUCCGCCAACAGAGCUAACGUUGCGCUUUCCCGCGCUCGUGAGGGCAUGUACAUCCUCGGAAACGCAUCAAAUCUCUCUUCCAGAAGCGACAUGUGGCAUACCAUCAUCGACGAGCUGCGGCAGCGAGACUGCUUGGGAGAGGCCUUCCCCGUCCCAGGGCAGCUCCCUCGGAUUGCUCCUGAUGGCGGGUGUCUCCAGAAAUGCGACACGAAACUGAAGUGCGGACACUUGUGUCCCUACAAGUGUCAUUCCGACGACCCGCGGCAUGUGACGAUCUCCUGCGCGCAGCGCUGCACUCGGUUGUGUCCUCGGGGUCACCCGUGUCUCAAGCAGUGCGCGGACGAUUGUGGAGAAUGUCGCACGACGAUCACCAACGUCGAGUUGCCCUGCGGACACGUCGCUGCGCAGGUGGCCUGUUUCCAACUCGACAACCUCGACACCGUGCAUUGCCGCGAGCGGGUUACGAAGACAUUGCCAACUUGCGAGCACGAAGUCGAGAUGGGUUGCUCCGAAGACCCCCGUCAACACUACUGCCGUGCUCCUUGCUCCGGGAUCAUGGGCUGUUGUGGUCGUACCUGCAGCGCGUCGUGUUUCCAGUGCCAGUCUCUGAACCAGCCCGCUCCUGUCGAGAAUGCGGCCGAGGACGCUCAAAAUGCGCCAGUCACGGUCGAGGCCAUCAAGCGUGUGGAGCAUUCCGAGCAUCCUUGCCAGCGGUCUCUGUUCUGCGGGCAUCUCUGCGGAAAGCCUUGCUCGACGAAUCACGAAUGCACCACCGACUGCAAGGAGCGAUGCCGCCAGGAAUGCGCCCAUGCGCGCUGCAAAGAUUACUGCUCUUCUCCAUAUUGCGCGACGAUCUCACCAAACAUGAUAGUAUGCGGAGAGGACUGCUCCCUCCAAAUCUGCCCCCAGUGCGCUACGGAGGAUCGGCGGGCGGAUAUCGUGGAUCUAGUCAUGCAAACAACUUUGGGAGAUAUUGAUUUCGAAAGCGAAAACACGGAUGAGCUCCUUAUCACCCUUCCAGGCUGCGGUCACGUCUUCACGUACUAUCGCCGCGACAAUCAAGGCAAAUGGAUCGGCCUCCAGGCUCCACCGGAGGGGUUCAAGCAACCUCCCGCAUGCCCAACGUGUCGUACCGCCAUUACGGCUCCUCGAUACGGGCGCAUCGUCAAGAGAGCGGACCUGGAUAUCCUGGAGAACAACUCGCUCAAAGCUGUCCAUGCGAAGCUUGCCGCCGUUUCCAAAGACGCGCUGGCAGCUCAGGCUGACGCGAAGCCCUCCAAACUCUCUACGAAGGAGUUCAAGGCGCUCCAGCUUGAACAAACGGCGCUCCUUCGGAAGGUCCGCGCGACGCCCCUCUCUCUGCAGGAAAUCGACCCGCUGAACGCAAAGCUCCAUGGUCUUCCGGUUGAGGAAGCGAGGGCUUGGAAGAAGCUCGACGCCGCUUCCUCCACAAAAUUGCGCCCCGCGCACACGCACGCAUGGGAAGCCUCGUACACCUACCUCUAUCAGAAGGAGAUGGACGAGAUCGCCGCAAACCCUACUACGGCCCCUCGUAACCCCAACGAGUACGCCAUGCGCGUCGCACGCCUCAAGGUUGGCCAGCCUCCACCGCGCGCGGACAAGCGCUUCCUCGUCGAGACUUUUUGGCUCGCGACGGCAUGGCUGGAGACCGAGUACCCCCCCAACAAUCGGCGGAUGUGGGCCUCCUACGCGCUAGACAUCACUCGCGCGUCCGAGAGCCAUCGCCAGGAGGCCAGCACCCUCGAGCAGUUCCGCUUCAACGUCCAGAUGACCAAGCAUGCCGCAAAGGCUAUCACUAUCGAGGCGCGCACGAAGCUCGCGGACAACGCGGGGAAGAAGCAGGCCGCGGCGCGCGAGGAGAUCGCAGGGGUGCGCGCGCGCGCGGCCGCCGGAUGGCGCGGCGGUGCCGCGGACUUCAUGCUCCCAGCGGAGGCGAUCGUCGACGACUGGAAGGCGCUCGAGCGGUCCUUGCGCCUCGACACCUUCUACCAGCCUGUCUCGCACCAGGAGCUCACCGAGGUCGUCAAGGGGCUGGGCAGGGAGUUCUCGUCUGACAUGAUCAUCGCAGCGCACACCGGCCACUUCUACAAGUGCCCCAACGGCCACAUAUUUGUCAUCGGCGACUGCGGAGGAGCAACCGUGGUGUCUCACUGCAAUGAAUGUGGAGAACGUAUUGGUGGGACCGGGCAUACUCUCCUUGGGACGAACACCCAAGCUCACGAGCUUGAGAAUAUUGCUAGACAAGAGGGAUACGCACAGAGCCCGUGGCAGUGGGCGCAGGGGGCAUGA